AUGGAUAAUGCUGACCUUGAACUAAUUUUGCCAAAUCUGCCAGAGGAAAACAGUUCAGUGCCAGAGGAAUACUACAAUUCAGUGCUAGAAGAAAACAGUUCAGUGCCAGAGGAAUACUACAAUUCAGUGCUAGAAGAAAACAGUUCAGUGCCAGAGGAAUACUACAAUUCAGUGCUAGAAGAAAACAGUUCAGUGCCAGAGGAAUACUACAAUUCAGUGCUAGAAGAAAACAGUUCAGUGCCAGAGGAAUACUACAAUUCAGUGCUAGAAGAAAACAGUUCAGUGCCAGAGGAAUACUACAAUUCAGUGCUAGAAGAAAACAGUUCAGUGCCAGAGGAAUACUACAGUUCAGUGCUAGAAGAAAACAGUUCAGUGCCAGAGGAAUACUACAGUUCAGUGCUAGAAGAAAACAGUUCAGUGCCAGAGGAAUACUACAAUUCAGUGCUAGAAGAAAACAGUUCAGUGCCAGAGGAAUACUACAAUUCAGUGCUAGAAGAAAACAGUUCAGUGCCAGAGGAAUACUACAGUUCAGUGCUAGAAGAAAACAGUUCAGUGCCAGAGGAAUACUACAAUUCAGUGCUAGAAGAAAACAGUUCAGUGCCAGAGGAAUACUACAAUUCAGUGCUAGAAGAAAACAGUUCAAUGCCAGAGGAAUACUACAGUUCAGUGCUAGAAGAAAACAGUUCAGUGCCAGAGGAAUACUACAAUUCAGUGCUAGAAGAAAACAGUUCAGUGCCAGAGGAAUACUACAAUUCAGUGCUAGAAGAAAACAGUUCAGUGCCAGAGGAAUACUACAAUUCAGUGCUAGAAGAAAACAGUUCAGUGCCAGAGGAAUACUACAGUUCAGUGCUAGAAGAAAACAGUUCAGUGCUAGAGGAAUACUACAAUUCAGUGCUAGAAGAAAACAGUUCAGUGCUAGAGGAAUACUACAAUUCAGUGCUAGAAGAAAACAGUUCAGUGCCAGAGGAAUACUACAGUUCAGUGCUAGAAGAAAACAGUUCAGUGCCAGAGGAAUACUACAAUUCAGUGCUAGAAGAAAACAGUUCAGUGCCAGAGGAAUACUACAAUUCAGUGCUAGAAGAAAACAGUUCAGUGCCAGAGGAAUACUACAAUUCAGUGCUAGAAGAAAACAGUUCAGUGCCAGAGGAAUACUACAAUUCAGUGCUAGAAGAAAACAGUUCAGUGCCAGAGGAAUACUACAGUUCAGUGCUAGAAGAAAACAGUUCAGUGCCAGAGGAAUACUACAGUUCAGUGCUAGAAGAAAACAGUUCAGUGCCAGAGGAAUACUACAAUUCAGUGCUAGAAGAAAACAGUUCAGUGCCAGAGGAAUACUACAAUUCAGUGCUAGAAGAAAACAGUUCAGUGCCAGAGGAAUACUACAGUUCAGUGCUAGAAGAAAACAGUUCAGUGCUAGAGGAAUACUACAGUUCAGUGCUAGAAGAAAACAGUUCAGUGCCAGAGGAAUACUACAGUUCAGUGCUAGAAGAAAACAGUUCAGUGCCAGAGGAAUACUACAAUUCAGUGCUAGAAGAAAACAGUUCAGUGCCAGAGGAAUACUACAAUUCAGUGCUAGAAGAAAACAGUUCAGUGCCAGAGGAAUACUACAAUUCAGUGCUAGAAGAAAACAGUUCAGUGCCAGAGGAAUACUACAAUUCAGUGCUAGAAGAAAACAGUUCAGUGCCAGAGGAAUACUACAAUUCAGUGCUAGAAGAAAACAGUUCAGUGCCAGAGGAAUACUACAAUUCAGUGCUAGAAGAAAACAGUUCAGUGCUAGAGGAAUACAAUUCAGCGCCAGAGGAAAAUACUGCUGGUUAG